AUGGACGUGGAAGAGCUGGCCAACAUCCCAGAGCGGAGUAGCCCUGCCCCGUUCCAGUACGUGCUCUGUGCAGCCACCUCGCUGGCCGUGAAGCAGCAGGAGGAGACCCUCACCUACCUGAACCAGGGCCAGUCCUAUGAGGUACGGAUGCUCUGCAACCCCGAACUGGUUGAUGCCACCCAGGAGCCCCGGCUGCUGAAGAACGUGGUGCGUGUGGUUUUCCACGACCGGCGCCUGCAGUACACAGAGCAGCAACAGCUGGACGGGCGGAGGUGGAGCCGGCCUGGGGACCGCAUCCUGGACAUAGAUAUCCCACUGUCCGUGGGGGUGCUGGAACCCCAAGUGCUGCCCUCACAACUGAACACCGUGGAGUUUUAUUGGGACCCGACCAAGAGGACCUCUCUCUUCCUGCAGGUUCACUGCACCAGCACUGAGUUCACUCCUCAGAAAAAAGGUGGGGAGAAAGGCGUCCCCUUUCGCCUCCAGACCGACACUUUCAAGCCCAGUGAUAAGGAGCUUCCGCUGGAGCACCUGCACUCAGCGGGCUGCCUCGUCAAGGUGUUUAAGCCCAAAGGAGCUGACCGGAAACUGAAAACUGACCGGGAGAAGAUUGAGAAACAGCCUGUGCAUGAGAGAAACAAGUAUCAGACAGCCUGUGACAGCACCGUCUUCAUGGAGUGUUCACCGUGGCCAGAGCCCAUUUCAGGGGUCCCCCCACCUCUGAGCCCUUUUGCUCUGACCUCUCCCCACUCCUGCAAGCUCCUGUCCCCGGAGAGCCUCUGCUCCUCACCAUUCCCCUUGGACACCUUGAGGGGCAGCCUAGCUCUUUCCAUGGUGCUACUUGGACCACUCUUUAUGCCUCGGGAUCUGAACCCUGGAGCCUCCGUCCCAGAGACACAGCAGUGGUUGCAUCGGCACCGGUUCUUCAGCUACUGCCGGGUGCUGGCCAAUUUCACUGGCACUGAUCUGCUGAAGCUUACUCGCCAGGACCUUAUCCAGAUCUGUGGAGCUGCUGACGGGAUCCGCCUUUUCAAUACUCUCAGAGCCAGGCCGAUCCGACACCUGCUGACCUUAUAUGUUGCUCAGGAGGCCUCUACAAGACGAUGA